CUUUUGUUAUAUAUCAUGAUUCGAAGGUUUUUAAAUGUUGAUGGUGUUAGAAGUGGUAAGCAUUUUAUAUUAACUCUUCUUAUUGGUAUAAUUUUUGGAUUUAUCUCAGCGUGCCUUUUAAUAACUUCUACAAGAAAUGUGCCAUAUAUAUUUAAUUGGUUUUCUGGUGGUUUUAUGCUUUCAAGAGAUCCACAUCACUAUUCAGAAUUGGAAUCAGAAGUUGGUCCUGAAAUAGAGGUAAAAUUUCAUAGUACAGAUGAGGAUUUUCAUAAAGAUGAAGAUAAAGUUGCACAAGAACUUGCAAAAAAAGUACGAGUCUUAUGUUGGAUCAUGACUGGUCCAAAAAAUCACCAAAGUAAAGCUCAACAUGUGAAAGCAACAUGGGGAAAACGUUGCAAUAUUCUUUUAUUUAUGAGUUCUGCUGAAGAUACAAAUUUACCUACAGUUGUUUUAUCAGUAAAAGAAGGAAGAGAUAACUUAUGGGCAAAAACCAAAGAAGCUUUUAAAUAUGCUUAUGAAAAGUACAAAGAUAAAGUUGAUUGGUUUAUGAAAGCUGAUGAUGAUACAUAUGUGGUGGUAGAAAAUUUACGAUAUAUGUUAUCAUCUUAUGACUCAAAUUCACCAUUAUAUUUUGGCUGUAGAUUUAAGCCAUUUGUGAAACAAGGAUACAUGAGUGGUGGUGCAGGAUAUGUACUUAGUAAGGAAGCUUUGCGUAAAUUUGUGGAAGAGGCUUUGCCUGAUAAAACAAAGUGUCGUUCAGAUAGUGGAGGUGCAGAAGAUGUAGAAAUGGGAAAGUGCCUGGAAAAAAUAAAUGUCAAAGCGAUGGAUACUCGAGAUCCACAUGGUCGUGGAAGAUUUUUCCCUUUUGUACCAGAGCAUCAUUUAAUUCCUAAUCACAUGGAUAAGAAUUUCUGGUAUUGGAAGUAUAUUUAUUAUAAUACCAAAGAUGGUCUUAAUUGUUGUUCCGAUACUGCGAUUUCAUUUCACUAUGUGUCACCUAAUAUGAUGUAUGUUCUUGAGUACUUAAUUUAUCACUUAAGACCAUAUGGCAUUACGCAUAGUAUAGAGAAACUUACUACAGAUCAGUCAAUUACUGUAUUGACUGAAUACUAGUCUUUAUACUUAUCACAUUUUAAUUUAUAAUGAAUAUUUUUGUUUUUUAUAAAUUUUUAAGCAAAUAUUAUAGAGAUUAAAAAAAAAUAUUUUGAAAUUUAAUAAUUAAAAUAAAAACAAAAAUUUUGCAAUUGAAAAAAAUUUUCAAUUAAACUUUUUCCUAUUUAAAUUAUUUUUUAUAUAAAUUAAUUGUUAUAAUUAUUCAGAGAUAAUUUUUUUUAAUCAUUUUAAAAUUCAAAAAAUUUUGAAAUUGAAGAAAAUUUCUUUUAUAUUUACAUACAUAAUUUAAAAUUCUAAUCGUUUUUAGAUUCGAUUAUUCGACAUUUACUAAAAUCGAUGAUAUUAAUUCUUUUUUUUUAUUUUCAUGAGUAUAACUAGUCCAUUCAGGCCAACGAAUUAGAUAUUAACAUAUUCACUGAAAAAUAAAAAUUUGUGAUAUAUGUGA